GUCUGAAAAAGCGCGCGCAUCCCCUUUUGUUGUGUGAUAGACGGCCUUGGUUGUGUAGUGCGAUAUCGUAGGUACUUUGUUGUUUGCGGUAUUUUUUUUCCUUAAGGGUACAAAGCUGAGACAGGGUGCCAACUUAUUGCGCAAGAAAACAGCAUAAAAGGAAAUUGAAAUGGGAACGGAUAGCAGGAAAAUACAAGAAGAGCUUCAGUUUCUCCUUGAGGAAGAUAAUAGGGUGAUCACUUACAAGUUUGUAAGUGCCAACUUUGGGAUACAUGUCAAUGAUGCUAAAAGGCAGCUGCAGUCUUUGCUGGGAGCGUGCCGCGGCAGGGGAGACGAUGCCAUCACUGCCACCUUCUACCUCUCUGGACUCAGUGAAGAGGAGGAAGACUGCGUGGCUCAGAAGUCGCUGGUGGUGUCCGAGGACCAGCUGACGGCAGCUCGCAGCUCGCUGACCUCGGUGACGUCAGAGCACGUGUUCAGCGUUCAGAGGCACCGGGUCCGUGAUACGAAUGUGCUGUACGGCGCCGACCUGCAGGAGAGGCAGGCCGACCCGGCAGCCUUCAACAGUCACGGCGCCAUCACAAACGUCCGGGCCGAGCGGCUGUCGGAGGCUGAGCUGCUCAAGGCUCGCCAGGUCACCCUGCCGGCCGCCCCCGCCCCCGCCCAGCCGGCCAAACGGCCCGCCGCCCCCGCCCCCGCCGCGAAGAAGGAACCCUCAGCGGCAGCGGACGAACAGCCCAGCUCGGAAAGUCCGGCGAACAAACAAAAGUCGAAGGAGGAUGACCACAACAAGGCUGAGGCGGCAGAGAAGGGCAAGUCGGCUGGCAAGUCUUCCGGCAAGGGCAGUGGCAACAUCGCGUCCAUGUUCGCCAAGGCCAACACUGAAAAGAAGACGGUCAAGAGUCCCCCGAAGAAGGCCGCCGGCGGGGGGAUGAUGGCCAGUUUCCUGAAGAAGGGUGCGGACCAGAAGCCUUCGUCAGAGAGCACCAACGCCUCCGCCCCCGCCGCCGCCGCCGCUGCCGCCCCGGCAAAGUCCACCCCUCCACCAGUGAAGUCGGAGCCCUCGGAGGCAGAUAAAACGGAAACGGUCCGGUUCGGAGCCAAAAAGGGCGCCGGUGGCGGCGCGAAGGGCGCCAGGGGUGGCUCGGCCAGGGGUAAAAGGCAGAGGAAAGGGGACAGCGGUGGCUCAGAGCCCGCUAAACAGAGGCGGCGCAUUCAGGUGGCUUCGGACAGCAGCGAGUCGUCCGAUGAUGACGGUGGCCGGGAGGAGCCGGACCCGGAGCCGGAGCCGGCGCCGCCGCCCGUCUCAGACGGGGAGGAGGACGCGCAGCCGACACAGCAGCACGGCAAACGCAAACGGAAACUGGUCACCAAAACGUUUGUCGACGAUGAUGGAUUCAUGGUCACCAAGAAGGAGUAUGAGAGCUGCAGCGGCAGCGACUCUGAGGAGCCCGCGGCGAAGAACAGCGCCCCCGCUCGGGAGAAGCCCGCCGCUCCGGCCCCAGCUGCGCCGGAGCCCGCCAAACCCUCUAAACCCAAGGAGGCGGCGCACCACAAAGUUAAACAGGCCGGGAUUAUGAGUUUCUUCAAGAAGAAAUAGACUGAGCCGUUGUGAGGCCUCUCGAGUGAUGACGUCAUCCUUGUUACGUCCGCGCAGUUCUUGUGACGGCGAGACGUGUUUUGUGCAUCGUUCGACGACUUAUUGCGCGGGGCUGCCCCUGAGAGUGUAUCGCCCGGCAUUACUGGAAUAUUUUGCACGGGUGGCACAUACCACUUGUCCUUUAUUGCAGAGUGUGCUAGUUUUGUAUCGAGUUGUGAUGCCGCAUUUGUGAUUGGUAAGUGGUGUUACAUUACCGUCAGAGGUCACAACGUUCGACCCUCCACCUUCUCCGCGCAGCGUUUGAUCGCGAUUCUACAUAGGAUUGUGAGCUCAAGUGGGUACAUAGAGAGAUGGAAGUUUGGCUCUGAAAUGGCAAAACCACGCCCACGUAUGCGCAAAGUGGGCAGAGCGCGUGUGCCAGCUGUCGUUUCCUUCACACGAGCUAAUACAAUGUAUUGAUUUAUAA